AUGCUAUGUUCCAGAGAUGCUUGCACCCGCAAUUUUUCAAUUAUGGACUAUGGAGACGCACACGGUACUCCUUCCAAUCACAAACCUUUCGAGUCCAAACCAAAACACGUGAAGUUCGUACUCGGGCCCACAAAUCAAGAUUCUUCCGACACCCUGUCACCAUCAUCCUUAUCGUCCUCCGACGACUUCUUCCAAGUCAACCCUCAGCUACUCCCUAAGCUCGGCGGGGCCCAUGACAAGCCGCCCCGCCCGGCUGGGCCCACUAAGCCAUUUUACGAAAAUGACGAGAUCGACCUCUCGAAUGAGGGUUCACAGGGGUCUGCCUCCCAAUUCUCAGACACCACGUAUGAGUCCCUGAUCUCGACAAAGGUUUCGGUUUCGCCCAUCCAAUCCCCUCCGAUUCAGGUCAUGCAGAGGGCCGUUGAUUUCGAUCCGGAAAGGAUCCCUCCUUCAGUAUUUAGUAAGUCCUCGACUCCCACUGAGUGGAGUGCUGCCUCAAACGACUCAUUGUUUAGCAUUCGUAUAGGAGAAAGUAGUUUCUCGAAGGAUCAUGUCUGCAGGGUGGACCCUGAAUCGACUGAACAGGGGGAAUUGUUGCAAUCCACGAAAAGGCCGGGUGAAAAUGUUGGGCCCGGUUUGAAUUCUCUGGAUUCUAAAGGUAUAGAACCUUAUAUAGACAUAGAGAAGACUAUUGAUGAGGGUGUAAAGAUUGAAGGGGUACGGGUUGUGGAGGAACCUAAAAAGAAUGGGCCCACGGGUUUAGUGAGAGUUGAAGUUGACAGGGUGAAAAGAGAGCAGCCCAGAGCAGGUUCGCGUGGUCCACCUCAAUUCCCUGAGAAAAGUGAAGUUCGAGUUAAAAAUUUCAUCAAACCAAAGUGA